AUGUUCGAGGCCAGGCUACAGCAGGGAGCGCUGCUCAAGAAGGUGAUCGAGUCGAUCAAGGACCUGGUGACAGAUGCCAAUUUCGACUGCAACUCCCAGGGCUUCGCCCUGCAGGCCAUGGACAUCUCGCACGUCUCGCUGGUGUCCAUGUUCCUUCGUGCGGACGGCUUCGAGCACUACCGCUGCGACCGGACCCUCUCGAUGGGCAUGAACCUGGGCAACAUGUCGAAGAUGCUGAAGUGCGCUGGGAACGACGACAUCAUCACGGUCAAGGCCGACGACGAAGGCGACACCGUCACCUUCAUGUUCGAGAGCCCAGGCCAGGACAAGAUCUCGGACUUCGAGCUCAAGCUGAUGGACAUUGACAGCGAGCACCUGGGCAUUCCGGACCAGGCGUACUCCGCGGUGAUCAAGAUGAGCUCCGCGGAGUUCCAGCGCAUCUGCCGCGACCUCGGCACCAUCGGCGAGUCCGUCGUGAUCGCCGCGAACAAGGACAGCGUCAAGUUCUCCACCAGCGGCGACAUCGGGUCCGCGAACGUGACGUGCCGGCCGGGCACCGGCGCCGUCGACAAGGACGAGAACGGCGGCAAGAAGGACAAGGAGGGCAAGGAGGUGAACGUCCAGAUCGAGCUGCAGGAGCCCGUGACGCUGACGUUCGCGCUGCGGUACCUGAACAGCUUCUCGAAGGCCACGCCGCUGUCGGACGAGGUGACGCUGUCGCUCAGCAAGGAGCUGCCGGUGAUGGUCGAGUACAGGAUCGCCGACAUGGGCCACAUCCGGUACUACCUCGCGCCGAAGAUCGACGAGGAGGAGGGCGAGGAGUCGUGA